AUGGCUUCACCCGUUUCUUCACCUUCUUCGACGCCUCCUUUGACGCGACAGAACACACAAGACGAUUCGUGUCUCUCGUCCUUCUCCUCCUCGUCUUUCUCAGGCCCCAGUACCCCCUCGUCUAGCCAACAGCUCCCCGACGACGUGACCAAGGUGGUCGUACCUACGCAAAGUUCCAGCUUCAACAACUCUGAUGGGGACGGUGUAAUCGAAACUGCAAACAGCUCGCAAGACCAUGCUGAUAACGAAGACAACCCUGAGCCUCCCAAGAAGAAGUUGAAGAUUACUGCAUGGAACGGGUGGGAGGCCCUCCGACGCGUCAAGAGCGAGAGCCAGUUGUCCAAGAAAAGAACACCGAAGGGCGCGUCCCAGAGGACAAGAGGGGUAAAGAAGGAAGGAAGCGAGAAAGCCGAGGUCGAAGGCGCGUCGGGACGCGUAAAGACGCGUAGAAAGGCUGGGAAAUUGGCGGGACUCGUCUCACUACCUUUGGACGUGCUUUACGAAGUGUUUAGUCAUUUGAGCCCACAUGACCUCUUGCACUUGUCUCGGACGACGAAGUCUAUUCGAAGAACGAUCCUGUCGAAGAACGCAAUUUCGCUAUGGAAGGAUGUGUUCGCACAGCAAGACGACCUUCCACCAUGUCCUGAUGACAUGUCCCUGCCAGCAUGGGCCUCGCUGGUAUUCGAAGCUCAUUGCCAUCAUUGCUUGACGAAGAACGUCCGUAACGUAGAAUGGAUGUUGAGGAUGCGACUAUGUGAGAAAUGUGCGAAGGCCCUCUUAUUCUGCGAAGACCAGCUCCGUUGUGAUGACAAAAAGCUGGACAGGCUCAUCAGAGCGUGCGUUCCUUUCCAGAAGCGCAAAGGCAAGCUGUAUUGCCUUACUUCUGCUAAGGACGCAUUUAUUCGCGAGUUGGACAGCAUGGAAGGAGAUCGCAACGCAUUUGUUGAGGAACGCCAGAAGGAGAUGAAACGUCGACGAGAGCAUGCCCAGGAAUGCGCAAUGUGGUCUGAGGACCAAGAAAUUGAGAGAGAGGCAGAGCUACUCAGAAUGCAUCGCGAUCGCAAGGAAUUCAUCAUGGAACGCCUGGAAGCGUUGGGCUAUGGCGAAGAAAUCGAGUUCCUGGUCGACUUGGAGGAGGAGACUCCAGGGCAGCUUGCCUUGCCCAUCCCCACUUGGGACGAUUUUGUGCCAUUCGAAGAACAUCCCGAAGUGAGACCGUGCAAACCACUCACUGAGCGAGUGUGGAAUAAUCGUGUCAAAAAUGUUAUGCUCGAGUAUAUGGAGAAGGUCCGGCGGUACCGCAAGGACAACGACCGCAAUCUUGAGUUGGAAGAUCGACGCUGGAAGCUCGCAGAACGAUGGCUCGAAUGGAGACGCCUCCCCGAAGUGCUCGAAGCCUUUCCUCCCUCUGAAUUUAUGCCCAGCGUUGCAGACUUCCUCGAGAUGGACAUCACCAAGAAGGUUAUCGAGUGGACGCCCCCUACUCAAGAGGAACUAGCGACACCCAAUCCAUUGACCUUGCGCCCCGUGUCUGGAAAAGAUCCCUUACCGACGUUCUUUGCAACCGAGGGCAACGGAGGGAAGGGCACCCCCUUGGCCCAAGCCAUUGACGAAUGGCGGGCAGCACAGACGUUCAAGGUGUACGCCCUGACGCCCUUUGCCUGGCACCAGCCUUUCGACCCCAUCCCAGCCAAUAUCGAAUCCAUGCAACGAUUCCUCCAGCUCGCAAUCUGUGUUUUAGAAUGCGAACACGUCGACUCGGAUCCACACUUCUGUUUCGUCCAAGCUCAGAACCCGAGCAUGACUUGGGGCAAGUUCUACUCGGAGGAAAAGAACCAGUAUUCGUGCAUGUGGUAUCCCGAGUUUCUUGAGCACCAGUGCAACCGACUUGACGAGAGGCAUUGGAACGAGAGGAAGCUUGACUGGAACCCGUAUCUUUGGGUUGAGGAAAUCCUCGCUGGUCCUCCGUCGCCGGCGCCGGUCUCCCAAUCGCAUGGGUUAUUCGGAGUGAAUCCGCGAAGGAAUUUGAAGCGGAUUCCGUUCCGGCCGGAUGGGAUGGGUUUCCAUUUUACUGCGUCGUUGGUGGUGAAGAAUAUUCUGGCGGCUUGCGGGUACCACUGGGCGAAUACGACUGCUGCGAUGAUGGAUGAGGUCGAUCCCAGGGUCGUCUGUUUGAAAUGCUCGUUUGGAAACCGGUGUGACGGGGAGAGGAUUUUCUCCGUUCACACUUGGAGGAAUGCGGUGAAACAUGCGUUGUACGCUCACAGCAUUGAGCCGAAGUUGGUCGAGUGGGAGCGUAUCUCCGACGAGGACGCUGCAAAGGCUCGAGAGUUGGAAAAGUUGGAACCGGCCAGGAGGGGUGUGCAGGUUGAGCCUCGUCGGGAUGUCAAGUGCUUCGUUUGCUGGGGUGGCAGCGAUGAACAUGCGCUCAUGACGCUCGAAGAGACGAGACAACACUUGAAAAAGGUCCACCGGAAGACGGAUGAAGAUCUCACUGCUCCUGAUGCCGAAGGAUCGCUGUGGUUCAGGGCCACUUAUCUCCCCUCGAAACAACCCUUGACGAUUAGACUCAUCCCCAAACCGGUGGAGAAACGGGAAGUCACUCGACCAGCAAUCAUCGGAUUCCUGAGACCUUGCCACGAAUGGAUUUUCUAA